AUGGACCGCUCGAGAAAAGAACCUGGGCGUGGUAAGCCUAAGAACGACCUCAAGAUCACUCCGGCCAAGACGCAGGCCCUCAUUGACGUGUCGACGCCGUCGCCCAAUGCUCCUCGCUUCGGUGACAAGUCGACGCCAAUGAUGUCCACGAUGGUCAACAUGAACCAGAACCCGCCGCUCCGAAAGCCGGCAACUGCGAACUUUAUGGACAGCAGCAAGUUCAUGUCGAUGAACUCGACCACGACCCCCGCGGUAGGCAACUGCAGAGGCAGCGGCAACAAUCGCAGAUCGCAUCGUCGCCGCGCCAAUGUGGACGCUAUGAUGCGCUCCAACAUGGUUCGUCAAAGCUUGACGUUGUCAGCGUCGAGUGUGUCCAUGACUUCGACUGGGCCACGAAUGAAAUGCCGUGUCGCUCCACCUGCACCCAAGGACGACAUGUACGGCCCACCUCCCGGAAGCGACGUCGUGACCGUGCCGAUCCCGGGUGACUGCAACUUCGAGCAGAAGUACAAUACCUUUUCGCAUGCCUUUGAGGUGGACGGCAACGAUUUCGAUGGCUAUGCUACCAGCAACGGUACGAUCGACGGCAAUGCCAUUUUGAUCGACGCCGUGAUGAAGCUUGGAGUGAACGCCGAGCAGAAGCUGCGCUUCAUUUUCGACACGCUGGACCCCGACAACACGGGUUAUGUGGUCGAAGAUCAGAUCGUUCAGUUGCUGGAGUCGAACUUCUCCAGUGCGAGGAUCGACGUGGUGGGCAUGAAAUUCCAGACGGUGGCGAAGCUCAUGUUCCGCAAAGCUCGAGUUCAAAACGACGCGAUGACUUUCGAGCAGUUUUGCAACGUGUUUGAGCCGUACAGCAAGUUUGGUCAAUGGUACAGCGACAACAAGCUCCGCAUCUGGUGGCUCCUGUUCUACUUUAUUGUGAACAACAUCGCUUUCUGGGUCAAGUGGUUCAUGUACGAGGUCGAUCCGGCCAUUGGUUGGGGUCUGCGCAUCGCCCGCGCCAACGCGCAGGUCGCUAUGCUCAACUGCGUGUUCGUGUUGCUCCCCAUGUGCCGAUCCAUUACGCAGGUGAUGAAGCGCAGCAAGUUUUUGUGGCGCAUCAUUCCGUUCGACGACCACAUCGCUUUCCACAAGAUCUCCGGUAGCGUUCUCUUGAUUGCUGGCCUCAUUCACACGAUCGCCCACGUCUUCAACGAGAUCUACCUGUACCUGAUCGCCACCCCAGACGAGGUCAAGCGGUCAAUCUUCGUCACCCGCCACGUUUCAACGUUCGUGAAUGGUGAGCGUCCUCCUUUCACGACAAUGCUGCAAGCACUUCCAGUGUGGACGGGUGUGAUUCUUUUGGUGAUCACGUGCAUCUCGUUCCCGCUCGCUGCGAUCCCCAAGUUCCGGCAGGGCAAGUUCAACCUCUUUUGGUACUCGCACAUGCUCUUCGGGCCGUUCCUGGUUGUGCUGGCCUUCCAUGGAGCCACAUCAUGGCUCGCUCGCUGCUCGGCGUACAUUUGGAUCACGCCUCCGUUCUUGAUGUACUUGAUCGAGCGUCGAUUCCGCUACGCCAAGAUGUUCGCAGCGCCUGUACGUAUCAUGGAGGCGAUGGAGCUGGACAGCACCGUUGCGCUGUUUAUCGAGAAGCCCCGACGGUUUGUCUACAGACCUGGCAUGUACCUGUACAUCAACUGUCCCCAGAUUUCGUCCCAUGAAUGGCACCCGUUCACAAUUUCGUCAGCCCCCGGUGACAACUACAUCAGCAUCCACAUUCGUUACCCUGAUGUGUACCUCGACGGUCCUGUUGGUGCUCCAACCCAAGACUACCACCGCUACAAGACUGUCAUUUGCAUCGGUGGCGGCAUUGGAGUUACCCCGUUCGCCUCCAUUCUGAAGGAUGUUGUUCACCUCUGGGAGGACAAUCGCUGCCUGAACUGCAACCACGUUCGACACCCGAGCUCGUUCCAGAUCCAGAAGCUGUACUUCCACUGGGUGACUCGCGGUCAGGAAUCACUGAGCUGGUUCGAGGGCACCAUGAAGCAAAUAGCUCAAAUGGACCGUGACAAUGUGAUCGAGACGCACCAGUACCUGAGUACCGUCGUGCUCGGUGGAGAAGAAAACACCUCGCAGCUCAAGAUGUUCCAGGAGUUCGUUCAUGAACAAACGGGCAAGGAUUUCGUGUCUGGAAUGGAUACCAAGCAGCUCACGCACUUUGGCCGACCAGACUGGGAGAGGGUCUUCUCGGAUGCUAGUGCCAAGCACCCUGGUGAGGAAGUGGGUGUGUUCUGCUGUGGACCCCACGAGCUGGAGGAAGUUCUGGCCAAUGUGUGCAAGAAGUACACGUCCUCCAAGGCCGACGGCACCGUUUUCGACUUCCAUUCGGAAAAGUUUGCGUAG